AUGAGUGACGAAGAAUGCCCAGGAAAUCAAGAGAAUGGAAAAGAAAAAUCUGACGAGCAAACCCCUAACGAAGGGAGAAAGAGAAAGAAAGAUGCCCCACCUAAAAGCAAACAACAAGACAGAGACGCAGGGAAAGAGCAACCGAAGAAAAAACACCAAGAAGGGGAGGGCGAGUCCUCAGAAUCGCCCCAAAAGAGCAAAGCCACAUAUGUAGUCGAAGAAGAUCUGGAAGAAAAGAUUGCGAAAGCACUCAAGAAAUUGAAGUCAGAAGAGCUGGAUAUAGACGAUCUCAGACUGAAGGGAUCACCCCUUUCGCCCGAAAUCAUGAAGGAAACCAUUCCAUAUAACAUGAAGUUACCAGUCUUGCCAACGUUCAACAGAGAAGGGGACCCGCGAGAUCAUACUUCUAGAUUCACAGCCACCAUGGGGCUACUCAGCAUAUCAGACGCAAUUCUAUACAGGGUAUUCCCAACCACACUCACCGGUACCGCCCAAAGGUGGUACAACAAAUUGAAACCAAGAUCUAUUAAAAGCUUCGCCUCACUGUCGACAGAAUUUCUCAACAGAUAUUUCACGAACAUACUAGCAAAAACAACCACAAGCAUCCUAAGAUCAUGCAUUCAAGAAGAAGGAGAAACGCUAAGAAGCUAUAUCGAACGAUUCAACAAACAAGCUAUGAAGAUCGAUAACCUGAACGUUGACAUGGCAACCGAAGCACUGCGAGAAGGAACACGAUUCGGAAAACUAGUAGACAAGCUGCUGAUUAAUAAACCCACGACUUUCUCGAAUCUGAUGGGCAUAGUCAAAAAAUACUUCGAGCUAGACGAGGGCCGGAGGGCGAUUCGUGGGAAAGAAGCAAAGGGAAAAGAGUCGAAAGAGAAAUCCAAAGAUAAGCCGAAGUCAAAGUCCGAAGAUAGAAGGGGAAGGCCAGAAGAAAGUAGGCGAUUCGCCCCCCAAACAAGAUACGAACCAAGGUACGACCCCCGAGACGAUGAAAAUAACUUCACACCAUUGAACACCAGCCAAACUAAUGUCCUCAUGUGGAUCAAAGAGAACGUCAAAAAUGUAGUAUGGCCAUCGAAGAUGAAAGCCGAAAUAAGGGACACAAGAAAGUACUGCAAAUUCCACGAAGACUAUGGACAUGAAACAGACAGCUGCAGAGAUUUGAAAGUCGAAAUCGAAAGAAUGAUAGAUGCAGGGGAAUUGAGGAAAUUCGUGGCCCACAAAGCGAAAAACAAUGGAGGACACAACAGCUCAACGAUUAGAAGAAAUCAAAGGAAAGAGGUGAUGAACAUCAGAGAAGCCCACAUGCCACCCGUAAUCUUCGAUGUUGAAGAUUAUGAACACGUGAAAGCACCCCAUAAUGAUGCCUUGGUGGUAACUACUAUCAUUGAGAAUUGGAACAUGGAGCGAAUCCUAAUCGAUAAAGGAAGCGCAGUGAAUCGCAUGACAAACGCGGCCUACAAAAUGCUCGGAGGAACCGCGUCAAGGUUGCGCCGAGUCCCGAUCCUAUUAUCAGGACUCGGUGGCCCCUCCAUCAAUCUGUUAGGAGCAGUCACCUUGGAAGUAAUAAUUGGCCCGGAGAAAGGAAUCAACAAAAAGGUUAUGUCAUUAUUUAACAUAGUUGACAUGGAGCUAACAUACAACGCUAUCCUCGGAAGACCUUUCCUUCAUGACUCAGCUGCAGUGACUAGAAUAAGAGCGUUGGCGAUGAAAAUACUAACCGAAAAGGGAGUAGUGACGCUGAGAGGAGAUCAGAAUAUAGCUAAGAAAUGCUACGACGAGUCCGUGGUGGACCUCCAAGAAAACAAGACCGAGAAGAAGGAAGAAUAG